AUGUAUGGUACAUUAACAGAGUUCUGCACCGAUGAAAGUUGUUCUACAAUGUCUGCCGGACCCAAAUAUGAAUAUCAUUGGGUAGAUGGCCUGACUGAUCAAUUGGACGAUGAAACAUUGUUCCCUGCAAGAAUCGGUGACCCAUUUCCUAAGAACUUCAUAUCAAUUGCUAAGACAAUACUUAAACGGUUAUUGAGGGUGUAUGCACAAUGCACAUGUAAACAAGGAAAUUAUGUUAAUUAUGUUGAAUGGUUAAAUAAGAGAUCACCUGUAUUUGCUAUCUUUGUUUUAUGGAUAUUUAACAGAGCAUAUUUUACUUUAAAUAGAAUCCAUUUAGUUGAGAUGGAAAUGUGA